AUGUCGUUGCUGCAACUCCCGCUGGGCGCCGCGCAGCCAAAGACCGUCAUGGGCACCGCUCGGCUGGCGGUGCCGGGGAUCACCCCGGCCUCGGCCUACUCUCCCAGCCUGAGCCCCACGUCUCCGCUGCCGCGCUCCCCUGUGGCGGUCUCGCCGUCGCCUCGCUCUCCGGCGGCGGUCGCGGCAUUCAGCGCAGGCACAGUGAUCCGCCAGAUGCCGUCCAACGCGCCGGUGCACGGCCAGAGCUCCCCGCCACUGCAGUCGCAGGGCCCCUGGGUCGUGCCCUCGGCGGCCGUGGAUCCUCACGCGCGCGAGCUGUGGGGCCGCAUCGACGCGGAGGGGAAGGGCGCCGUCUCGUCGGCAGAGUUCCGGGCCGCCGUGGCGCGCGAUGCGGAGGUGGCCGCUCACGCCGCCCGCUGUGGCGCUGACAGGGCCUUCGAGGCCAUGGCCGAGGGCAAGGAGCAGGCUGACUUUGCCGACUUCGAGGCGCAGCACCGCCUCGCGGCCGCCAUAGACCGAAUGCCGCCAUCGGACGCGCCGCGCUCUUCCAAGCGAGUCUUCAUCAUCAGCUCUGGCUUCGGGCGGCUGCUGCGGCCCGCUCAGACGCAGCUGGUGGAGAGGGCGGGCUUCAAGAUCCACUGGUGCACGAAGCCACCGAACCCCGAGACGCCCAACUUCGCGUUCGGCCCGCACCUGCAGCAGAUCAAAGGCGAGCUCGACGAGUUCAAGCCCGACCUGGUCAUGUGCGCCUCGAAGGGCGGGGUGUACGUUGUCAAACUUUGGGACGCAGGGCUGUGGCUAGGGCCUACGCUGAUGAUCAACGCUCACCCUUCGUGCCAACGACUGCCCCGUGGCGUGCCCCUGGUGAUCGCGGCCGGCGGCGACGACGAGCACUACCCCUCGACGAGGAAGAUUUUGUCCCAGCUCAUGUCCACUGGCACGAGGAGCCACUGCUUUCUCUACUACGCCGCCGGCAGUGGCACGCGCCUCCCGCCGGGCUUCGCGCUGCGUCUCGGCGACCGACACAACAUGGACUCGCUGCUAUCGAACGACUGCCUUCCCCGCCUCAUGGACGCCGCGCUCUGCCCACAGGGGGCAGAGGUGCACAUGGCGCGCACCCACGUGGGCCUCGUCUCGGACAGCCGCCUGGAGGCGGAGCGACCCCUGCGGGAGCAGCUGCUGCAGCGGCUGGCUGCCUGCAGCGGCUGGCUGCAGCGGCUCACUGGCCUCGACUCGGGCGUGCCGCUCUCGCCCGUGGAGCCUGGCAGCGAUGAGUUCGGCUGGGUCGCGGCCGCGUUCCGCUCGCCGCCGAAGGUGCCCUUCGAGAGCGUGCGCAUCGCUGCCCUCCACCGCGUGCAGCACGGGCCCGACGCCGGCGCGGGCUUCCAGACUCCUGUACGCUCCUGCCAGGCCGUGCAAGCGGGUCAACGGAGCUCCCUGGAGCGGCAGGGCGUGCCGUUCGAGGCGGAGGCCCACGAGCGCUGGGCCUUCUACCACGGCUGCGGCGCGCAGGGCCUGAGCGGCGGGCUGCAGCCCCUCGCCGCGGGCCCGUGGGGCGCGGGCAUCUACUUCGCGCGCGACGCGAAGUACGUGGUGGACGCCGGGUCGUGCCGGGGCGCCGACGGCUCCAGGACGGUGCUCAUGUGCCUGUUGGCCUCGGGCAUGCCGUGCGUGGGCGAUGCGGCGCGCGGGGGCGAGUUGCCGCGGCGGAGAGGCGCCGCGUGCUACGACUGCGCGGUGGACAGCCUCUCGAGCCCCGAGCUCUACGUGGUACCUCGCGCCAGCUCGGCCGUGCCGGCGUAUCUGAUCACCCUCGCCUAG